GCUCUAGUGAUCCUGGUCAUUGCUAUUGAGGGCUGUUGUGCUCAAACGUGGCGUCCAGUUGUCGAUUUGACCCAGUUCUAGACAAGAGGCGCUCAGACCAACGUGUACGAAGGAGCGCAAUCCCGGCAUAGUUUGAUGCUUACUUUGUAACUAAGCCCUCUACUCGAUAAUUAUAAGAUCUAAGGGUGACAUUUCACACCCCUCCGGCCUUUCUGCGUUUUCCCUACAUCGUAAGGAUACACGCAGCGAAUCUAUUAUGGCGGCCACAACAGCCUACAUCACACUUGCCGUGGUGGAUCCAGCUACUUCUCCAUCUUGUCAACAAGUUAUCGUGCCGAACGUAGGUGCAGCGCCAACAACCAACACCGUAUCCUGUCCAGCGUCUUCUUCGUCGAGUGUGCCCACAUCAGCGACUGCACUUGCUACUACUUCUACCGAGGCACCUUCCACCCCGGCUGUUAGUGGUGCCACAACAAAUGCUGCGAGCAUAGCAGACACAAACAACAUUCAGACUCCGGCGACAACGCAGCAAACAGCAUCAGUCACUUCGGCGGUACCCGUCCCAGGUUCAGGGGCCCCAAACCCACAGCCAUCGAAUGGGAGCAAGGGACUAGCGGGAGGAGCAGUGGCUGGUGUCGCCGUUGGGAUGCUUCUAGCUGGAGUCAUCCUCGCCGGAAUCGUCUUCUUCUUCUUGCUGCGUCGCCAGAAGAGGCGCCAAGUCACGAGCAGCUCUCGACCACACGCUGCAUACGCCGAACGUAAUGUAGGACCUGAGAAAGGAGCAACAGUGGUUGCUACAGCCGUGGGCAGCAUCGAUGACCUGCUUCCACAGCCGGUGGAAGACGAUGCCAUCACUGGUGAUCUUUCCAAGAUUCGGGACAACAUUAAGAAUCAUGUGCGGACCUACUAUCACUCUGGACCAACAUCUUCUGCCGACGUCAAUGAGGCGGUUGUUCGAGACGUCGCGGCCAUAACAGGGUCGAGCGUUGGUGUGCUUACGAACCUGCUCUCUGAUCCAACUAAGAGAGACGGUGCUCUGCGCUCGAUCGUAGCAGCAGUGAUUCUUACAAGAUGCACCGGCGACCGGUAUCCCAGCUUACUACCGGAUGAAGCAGCUGCUCUUUCAUCAUCUAUGGCAGCAAACAACAACAGCAACUCCCACGCAAUCCUUUUCAGUAAAUGGAAGACCAUCACGGGAGCCUUGUUGCAGCAACGAUAUGGCAGACAAGGCCAGGAUUCCGGUCAAGCACAGAGCUCGCAAGACACAGUCGCUGUGCUCGAAUCGAUCCUGGCGCCAUUUGUCAAAGGCGGUGUCGACAAUGGUCAACGCCGCAAGAAUCUGGACAUGAUCCUGGCGCGCUCUGCCAACUUUGCCUUUGUGUUGUUUGCUCAGCCUGGCUCCUUUCGCUUCGAUUUCGCCAAUCAUCUUGGCGAACUGGUAGUGUUCCCAGCUUUGAUACAGACUGUUGGUGACCAAGGUCAGCCUCUCAGCCCCACAAAGACCUUGACCGAAAAGGAAAGCGUUCCGGCCUGAGUACAUAUGUGGGGGCGGGAUUGCGAGGUUUGCCAUUCUUUGCUAGUUGUGCAUUAGUAUAUGCAUCUGCGAAAUGCACAUUUGAUGGAUCAGGCUGAAAUCUAAGGCUUCUGAAAUUAUGAAAGCUGAAGGAAGGUGUGAACUAAGCUUUUUGGGGUGCCGCUAGCGCGAUUAUAAAUUGGGUGCCUGAAGGGCGAC